UGGAUUAAUGUGAAUUUCCUCUUUUUUUCUUUUGUUUUUGUUAUUUUUUCUGUCCUUUCCUGAUUUCUUCUUUUUCUAGGCUCCUAGGUAUUCUUUUUCCCGUUUCACGAGGGCCUGUUCCACCGCACUAACAAUUCUAAUCCCUGGCAUCUGAAUGGUGGAGCAGACCCGCCUUCAGUCGCAGAGAUAAGCCUUAUCGAGGCUUUCAAAGGGAAAAAAAUUCGAGGGAGGGACCAAACAGAGGGGGACGAACCCACCACGUUUUUCUAGUCAGCAAGUUCAGCGCCGCCGCCCUGCUUUCUCCUGAAGGGCCUUGUGCGGGCUUUUCUCCCUCCUUUCUUGGUUGUUCCCAUCUUACUCUUCACUUCCCGCGCGCAGACUGAUUCCUUCUCCCGAAGCUGUUUCGGGUCGGGACUUUGUUCCCUUUUUGCCCUUUUUUCUCUUGCUUGUCAGAGGACGAUGCCGCAUCCCGUCUCGCCGCCCAUGCAGCCCAUCCCAACCAUCGUCGUGAAGGGCGACGCCCCGCCGCCGUCGCAGGCCGACAUCUCGUCGCUGUUGACCACCAUCUUCGAGGCCAAGACGUCCAACGCUUCGAUCGAGGCGUCGUACGCCCUCUGCGACCUCCUCCUCAACUGCCCCGGCAUCGGCUUCCGCGGCCUCCACAGCUACGGCAUCCUCGCCGAGGUCAAGAAGGCCGCCGCCGACAAGAAGAGCGGCCUGCGCCGCGAGAGCGCCCAGAACCUGCUCGGUGCCCUGUUCGAGCGCUUCCCGCCCCGCGAAGCCCAGAGCGAGUUCGUGUUCCUGCUCCAGGAUGGCGGCAUGGUCGCCUGCGCCCUCGAUGCGCUCGCCGACAAGGGCGCCGUCGUGCGCGAUGCGGCUCAGUACGGCCUCGACGCCUUGUUUGCCCACCUCGGCUCCGAGGCCCUUGUCGUCGGGCUGCUUUCCGCCCUCGUCGACUACCUCUCCAAGAGGACGGGCAAGUGGCAGGGCACCGUCGGCGCGCUCAAGCUGAUGCAGAAGAUGGCCGACAAGGCCAAGCUGUCCGUCGGCGGCACCAAGGAGGAGGCCGUGGAGAAGGAUGUGCUCAGGACCAUCAUGGGCACCAAGCUCGCCCGCCUGAUUCCGCUGGUCGAGGACGGCAUGAACGACCUCAAGAGCGAGGUUGAGAGGCAGUCGCUGCAGACCAUGAAAUCCAUCUGCGGCCUGCUGACCAACGACGACGUCGCCCCGCGGAUACCGCUCCUCAUCGAGACGAUGCAGAAGCCCUCGGCCCAGUCACUGCAAAAGGCCAUCCACGCCUUGUCCAUGACCACCUUCGUGGCCAUCGUCACAUCGCCCGUCCUGGCUCUGCUCACUCCGUUCCUGGAACGCUCCUUGAACACGCCGACGACCUCACAGGAGGUCCUGAGGCAAACCGUCGUCAUUACCGAGAACCUGACAAAGCUUGUCCACGACCCCAUCGAGGCGCGUACUUUCCUCCCCAAGCUCACUCCUGGUGUCAAGAGUGUGGCCGAUAGGGCGGCCCUGCCCGAGGUCCGUGAGCUGGCGACGAGGGCCUUGAGCGUCAUGAACAAGGCCAUGGCUGUGGAUCAAGACAUUGUGGUCGAGCGCACGACCGCCGACGACGUGUCCAAGGUGCUUGAGGCGGAGAUCAAGAAGGCCAAGGGCCUGGCUGCCAGCCAGGACACUUACAAGGCUCUGCGAUCAUACAUUUGCGACAUGGUUGCCGAGGACGUCAACCACCGUUAUGUCACCCGCAUUUCUGCCCGCAUCGCUCCGUACCUCAAGUCCAUGACGAAGGAGAUCGACGCGCACGAGACGGUCGGCAUCGCGGUGGAGAAGUUCUAUGUCGACGAGGACCACCGCAAGUACGGAGAGCCCGAGAAGGAGGACGAUGGCGAGAUCGAGAUCGUCAACGCCGACUUCUCGCUUGCGUAUGGUGGCAUGCUGUUGCUUUCGCACACCAACCUGCGCCUCCUCAAGGGCCACCGAUAUGGUCUCUGUGGCCGCAACGGUGCUGGCAAGUCGACCCUGAUGCGCAGCAUCGCCAACGAGAAGCUUGAGGGCUUCCCGCCGCAGUCUGUCCUGCGGACGUGCUACGUGGAGCACAACCAGGGCGAGGACGCCGACAUCAGCAUAUUAGACUUCAUGAUCAAGGACCCCACUGUCGCAAAGGAGAACUACACGCGCCAGGAAGUCUCGGACGUCCUUGCCGAGUUCGGCUUCACCGCCGGACCCGAGGGCCGCCAGUCACAAAAGGUCGGAUCGCUCUCGGGAGGUUGGAAGAUGAAGCUUGCUCUGGCUCGUGCCAUGCUCCAGAGGGCCGAUGUCCUGUUGCUGGACGAGCCUACUAACCACCUCGACAUUGCCAACAUUGCUUGGCUCGAGAACUACCUCAAGACCCACACCGACAUCACGAGCUUGAUAGUCUCGCACGACUCCAAAUUCCUAGACGACGUCACCACCGACAUCUACCACUACGAGCCUGGCAAAAAGCUCGGCCACUACAAGGGCAACCUUGCUGCAUUUGUCAAUAUCAAGCCCGAGGCCAAGAGCUACUACACGCUGUCGGCCAGCAACGUACAGUUCAAGUUCCCGCCUCCAGGAAUCCUCAGCGGCGUCAAGUCGCAGACGCGUGCCAUCAUCCGCAUGACCAACGUGUCGUACCAGUAUCCGGGGGCGCCCAAGCCCUCGCUCAGCGAGGUCUCGUGCCAACUUUCGCUGUCGUCGCGCGUGGCCAUUAUCGGUCCCAACGGCGCGGGCAAAUCUACGCUCAUCAAGCUGCUUACUGGCGAGGUGAUUCCAUCGACGGGCAAGGUCGAGAAGCACCCGAAUCUGCGUAUCGGCUACAUCAAGCAGCAUGCGCUGGAGCACGUUGAGAUGCACUUGGAGAAAACGCCAAACCAGUACCUGCAAUGGCGAUACCAGCACGGAGACGACCGUGAGGUGCACAUGAAGCAGACGCGCAUGCUUUCGGACCAGGACCGCGAGCAGAUGGACAAGAGCAUCGACAUUGGUGACGGCAAGGGCAAGCGGCAGAUCGAGUCGCUAGUCGGUCGCGCCAAGUACAAGAAGACGUUCCAAUAUGAGGUUAAAUGGAGAGGGUGGCUGCCCAAGUUCAACACUCAGAUCUCGCGCGAGACGCUCCUCGAACUCGGGUUUGACAAGCUGGUGCAAGAGUUCGACGACCACGAGGCGUCGCGCGAGGGUCUUGGCUACCGCGAGCUGCAGCCCACAGUGAUCUCGAAGCAUUUUGAGGACUUGGGACUGGAUCCCGAGAUCGCCAACCACAACGAGAUCGGAUCGCUCUCGGGAGGGCAGAAGGUCAAGGUGGUGAUCGCGGGCGCCAUGUGGAACAACCCUCACUUGCUGGUUCUAGACGAGCCGACCAACUUCUUGGACCGCGACUCGCUGGGAGGACUGGCGGUGGCGAUCCGCGAGUUCAAGGGAGGCGUUGUCAUGAUUUCGCACAAUGACGAGUUCGUGGGCGCUCUCGCGACGGAGCAGUGGCACGUGGAUGCCGGUCGGGUGGCGCACCGAGGCUACGCGGCGGUAUCGCUGGAUCGGUUCGAGGACUCGGUCUCUCGGCCUGGGUCCGGGCUCAACUCGGGUGUCGCGACGCCCAGCGGAGCAGCCUCGAGCGUGGUCAGCAGCGCGGUCAACAGCACGGUCAACAGUGGAGUCGAGGACAAUGCGGACGGCGAGCUCAAGUUCCGGGCUCGCAAGAAGAAGAAGAUGACCAAGAAGGAGGUCAAGGAGCGUGAGGUGCGCAGGCGACUCCGGCACAUCGAGUGGCUCAACAGUCCCAAGGGCACGCCGCAUCCUCUCGACACCGACGACGAGGCCGACUAGGCGGUUUGGAGUAGGACUCUUUGGUUCGGGCGGACUUUGCUCUUGUUGCAUUUUGUCGCACGAUUUGCUUUCUGGCUUACGGAUGACGCUUUCCUUCCUCCUUUUUGUCUGCUCCCUCGAUGACGGCGGGAUAAUUUCUGGGACCAAUAGAUGAUAGACAGACUCUUGACAUGGCUAGGACUGUUUCUAGAGUCGGGCAGAGGGCCCGAGAUGUGGAAGCCUAAGAUUUGGCAUAGACGGCGUUUCACUAUAGAUGGAGGUUGAUGAUGCCUUGGAAUUAAACCAUCUUUAACCA